AUGAGUCACUUUAAAAUAAGCGAGCAGUAUUAUCUGUGACAAUACGACAGAAGGCUUCGAUAACAGGCAGCUGAUAGUUGGGCUGUCCUGAUAUUUGGUCAUUUCAUUAUAAAGCACAGACGGUUUAAGACAAAGCAAUGUCGGGAUUCUAUGUUGACAAUGCCUAUAACCGUAGCAUUGGUCGGGUGGGCAUGCCCAUGGGGAGCAUGGUGAUGUCCAGAGGUUCUAGUGGGGGUGGAAGUGGAAACAGUGGCAGCGCAAGUGGAUACACUGGCGGCUUUGGUGGCGGCUUUGGUGGCGGCAGCAGUGGAUUCAGUUCGCCAACCAGGACCUACGUUGACAACUCAUAUAACCGCAGCCUUGGACGUGUAGGAAUGGAGCAUGGAACAGCUGUUGAAUCUCGAUCUUCAGCCACUGCAGCCAGAAGCAGUGGAUUCAGUUCGUCAACCAGGACCUACGCUGACAACUCAUAUAACCGCAGCCUUGGUCGUGUAGGAAUGGAGCAUGGAACAGCUGUAGCAUCUAGGUCUUCUGCAAAGGAAGAGUCUUCCAACGACUUGGAGUCAUGGUUUAAGAUGCUUACGGGAGAGGGUCAGGAAAACGGAAAAGCUAUGGUGUCAAAGUCCUCUUCAAGCAGUAUCAGCAAAGCAUCCUCUGGAACUGGGGCGACUCCUAAGACAUACGUUGAUAACGCAUAUAAUCAACGUCAGGGUCGGGUAGGUUUGGAGCGUGGAGCAGCUGUCAUAUCGAAAUCAGCAUCUUCUGCAGCUAAAUCAGGAUCGAAAUCAACCAAUACAGACAACAGCUUCGAACGGAUGUUCGGACGAGAUGGUUUAGAGAAAGGGACAGCUGCAGUUUCUAAGAGUGCAUCCAGCUCCAAUUCCUCAAAGCGAGUCUACAAAGACAACGACUUCAACUGCAGGAUAGGGCGCGCUGGUUUACCUUUAGGGAGCAUGAAGGUGUCACGCACCCCAAAACCUCGCAUGACAUCACAGUCAGGCACCAACAAACCUCGCAUGACAUCACUGAGAUGGCAGCCAUCCCAGGACCUCCUGAAUCGCUACUUGGCUGAUCCUUAUGAUGAUGAUAUCAAAAUCGAUGAUCGCCAGUAUUGGCAGUAUCAGCAAGUUUUCGCCGGCCAGCAAGAUGCAGAAAGCAAGGAGGAGUUGGUGCAACAGGUGGCUGAUAUCAUCAAUCGCCUGGUGGAGGUCCGCCUGUGGCAGGAGAAGUCAGGCACAAACAGACAGCCUUCGACGUCUCAAGCCCUCAUACGGAGCCGUCAAGAAAAGAUCGUCAAUGAGUCUCGUAGUCAUAGCCUCGCACAGAGCUGUCAAGACAAGACCAACAAUAGGUCUUGUAGUCAAAGCCUCGUACAGAGUUAUCAAGGAAUAAAAAUCGACUAUGAUGAACUGGACCUGAAGAAAGAGAUCGGGCAUGGCGGUUUUGGGGUUGUCCACUUUGCCGAGUGGAAGGGAACCGUUGUCGCUGUCAAAAAACUGCGGGUCCAAAGGGUGUCGAGGAAACGCCUAGAGAGGUUUAUUUCCGAAAUCAGUAUCUUCUGCAAGCUUGAUCACCCCAACAUUGUCCAGUUCCUUGGUGCCUGCGUUGUCACACCCAAACUUGCCAUCGUCAUGGAAUACAUGGAGACGAGUUUGUUUCAGAAGAUCCACAUCGAUGUGGAGGGUGAGGCCAUUUCUGAGAAUGAGAAGCUGUCGAUCAUGACCCAGGUAGUCAGCGGUCUAGAAUAUCUGCACAAAAAAGGCAUCGCCCACUGCGACGUCAAGUCCCACAAUGUCCUGCUGAGCUGUGAUGCGAAUCGCUGCUACAUUGCAAAGAUCACUGAUUUUGGCCUCAGCAUGAUGAGGAGCGACGCAGAGACAUCAACAACAAGCUCAGACAAGGUCCAGUUCAAUGGUACUCCUCGAUAUUCUGCACCAGAAGUGCUGAGGGGUGAAAUGUUGAACCGGACAGCGAUGAUGAAGACAGACGUCUACUCUCUGGGUCUUGUUCUGUAUGAGGUCAUCUGCGAGGAGGAACCAUUCAGCACGUUCAAUAAAAGGCAGCUGGAACGACACGUUGGCGAUGGCGAACACAUUCCUGAGAUUGGAACCGAGGUUAACGCCUUGAUUACCCAGACGGUACGACAGUGCUGGGCACGCGAUCCACAGAAGCGCCCAUCUGCCUCGGCUUUGUUAUCUUUCAUCAUGUCUCAGUGGGAUCAUUUGUAUGAGAACCAGGAAUGAGAGGUGACAGAACUAGGGAAGACCAGGACUUGUAUGUCCCCUCGGGACUGACAAGUGUGGUCCUUAUAGAGAGGUCAAAUAAAAAGACAAGAAUUAAUUUGGGUCCAAAACUAGUGUCCUUAAUAGAGAGGGCGUUAUUCUUAAUAGAGAGGUGUCUGCUUAGGGACAUUUCACUGUAGGCUCAGAGAGAGCGGGAUUGUUGAAUAUUCAAGUAUAUGAACAUUGUCAUUGAAUCAGAAACACCAGGAUGCAGAAGUCGUAAUAUCAAUACCGUCCUUAUCUUUGUGGUAGUUGUAGUAUCAAUACUGACAUUAUCUUUUGGCAAUGUCGUAGUUGGUAAUUCUUAUAGCAAUACUUAGGAGCUAUCUGGGAAACUGUUUGUAUCAAAAUAUCAAAGUUGUCAAUUUUAUUCAACUAUUCUCGACUAUUCUUUACAAAUUCUUGAUAAAAUGGAUCCUUUUUCCAUCUUGAUUCUAUUUAAAUUCAAUACAAAAACCAAGUGUUGGCAUCUAUUUUAAAACUUUAGGAUCAACAUGGCUCGUAUUCAAAAGGCACUUUUAUUUAUAUUUUGAGUUCCCCUUGAGCCACUAGCAGCUUACAAUUUUGAAAUUGAAUAUGAAUCUGGAUUUGAAUAUACAAAAAUCUUGGACGUCUUUGUUUUUAUAUUUAUUGCAUUUAUUUCAUUUCAUUUGAUUGUUUUACAUUUAUGAUAUUUAAGAUAUUUGUGAUAUUUAGGAUAUUUAGGAUAUUUAGGAUAUGCAUCAUAUUUACUUUACUUAUUUUGAUAUUUUGAUUAUAAUUACUUAUUCUGAUUUGAACUGAAUGGAAAAGACAUAAGUCUGGUAAGUCAAAGUGAGACCAAUUUAUAUGCCGUCAAGAAGUACAAUUUUAACGCUGGAACCAUUAUAGCCUAUAGGAGGAUAUUGCAUUGCUAUAUGAUGUAAACAUUUUUUUCUUCUUUAAUUCAUAGGAGGGAUAGAAAUGAAGCUAACAUCUCAUGUUUAGUUGUGAUUAUCAUGCAAAUAAGAAAAUGGUAUUUCAACGAGGUUCUAAAUCCCCUCUAAGAUAUGGUAGCACAGGAAUUUAAAUGAAUCAUUUUGUCUCUUCAUCGAAAGGCCCUAUGUAACGUUGUCAUCUUAAGGAGUUAAAGGCUAAAUACGGUAUCCUUUUUGUUUGUUUUGUUGAUAUAUUUACAAUGAAUUAGUAUCUGAGUGCGGGAAAACUUUCCCUGCCCUUUUGAAAAAAACAUGAGUUUUUUUAUUUCUUAAGUUCUAAAUACUUAUUAUUUAUUAACUCUUGAUAAUGCAUGAUACCUUGGAUACAAGCUUUACUUAACGUUAUUCACCAGUCUGUUACAAUGAGGAAGCUGCAGAACUAAAAAUCCAGAUGGCAGCACCAGUACUAAAAGGUAUACUUCCAGCGCAUUUUCCAUUAAAAUUAAAUUUUGUUGAUUUUCUCCCUAAAACUCAUCGAAAUAGAAUUAAGGACCAAUAAAACAACAUUUUGGGUGCUAUUUCCCCAUAAUAAAGCAAAGGGAUGAAAUAUUCAAUAAUCAUUGACACAGGAAAUGGCUUUCUCAUUACAACCAUGGUCGACUUGCCUGCAGGGCCCCCUAUUGGCAGGUUUUGUUGUGCUCAUUCAAUUAGUGUAUAAAUUGUUUGAUUAAAAAGUUUAAACAAAAAAAAAACCUUAAGUCUAUCAGGUAAAUCAGGAGAACCAGAAGUUGUCAUGGUCAAGUCAUGAGAUAUGUUUAUACACAUUUUUGGGCACUCUGUAUGUGAUAUCAUGUACUGUUUUGUACUGGUAAGUACUGUUAUGUACUGGUAUGUACUGUUAUGUACUAUUAUGUACUAUUAUGUAAUUUAUAAUGUUACAACAAGAAAACAUGAAAACUUGUCUUUAUUGUUGGUAAGAAGAAGUAUAGCUUAUAGUUAGUUAUACAGUAGCCAAAAGUGGGAUCUUUUUGGGGGUCACCCUGUAAAUUUCAUAUUACACCCACUGCCAUACUGCAAUAUACAUGUUCCAAGAACAGAAAUAACUCAGUAUGAUUUUCAUAUACAGCCUACAGGGUGGCCAAAAAACUCUAGUCUAUUUUGUGAUAAUUUUUGUUUAUUAUCUAUAUUUUAAUAUUUAUUCGUACACGUAGAGAGUACAACUGAAAAAGAGGUGGUUGGGCUCCAGUCACUAGUGGUUGUAUGCUUUUUAGGCCGCACUGGGACUGUAUUAAAUGUUAUAAUUAUAUGUAUUCAUCCUUUUCACAGUGUAAUUUUAUAAUUAUAUUCACUCUUUUCACAGUGCAAUGUUAUAUUAAUAUAACUAUAUUCAUCCUUUUCACAGUGCAACUGCAAUGUUAUAAUUAUAUUAAUCCUUUUCACAAUGUAAUUCAUCCUUUUCACAAUGUAAUGUUAUAAUUAUAUUCGUCCUUUUCACAGUGCAAUGUUAACUAUAUUCAUCUGUUCAAUACUCCUACCUCUUAUACAAAACCCUGAGAAAAAAGCAAAAAAGUCACGGCCAGGAACGGCUGGUCCAUCCUCUAGACACACCUGUACAUAGUAGUACAUGUGUUGUAUAGAGUAGAACCUCUCUAUUAAGGACACCCUCGGGACUGACAAGUGCUGUCCUGAUUAGAGAGCUCAAAUUGAAUGGAAACAACCGAUUUGGGACCAAAACUAGUGUCCUAGAUAGAGAGGUUGUCCUUAAUAGAGAGGUGUCCGCUAAGGGAGGUUCCACUGUAAUUCCAAGUUCAUUUCUAAUGCCUUGUUUUUUAAUAAAACUCUAUACAUAUGCACCAAUUUUACGCUGUAACACAUAAAACUGCUUUAGAGUCGAUAUUCUAAAAUGUAUACACCAGCAGCAGGGGGGGAAGCAUAACUGUUGUAACAGCAAUCGCCAAUCCCAGUGCAGACACAAUACAAACAUACUUUCUCAACCAAUGAAAAGGCCUGCUUGGAUAACGAUGCUGCAAUGGUUUGAUUGCUGCACUCUGAUUGGCCGCUUUUUUUUCUACUGCUACAAUCCGUCCGGAGGGCAUGGAUUUCACCAGGUUUGAAAUAUCAUGCUGUUGUUUCCAUGAGCUACAAUUGAACUGUUUCGAGUACACCCAUAAUAAUCUCGGCUAUGCAUUUACUAUUUAGAUGGAAUAUUAUUUCUGAUGAUUCUGAAUACAACCCCAUUCUCCACAUGUGUUCUUUAGGCCAAAUCUAGCUUAAUACUGAUCUGUGCCCGACUUUUAAAUACAAAAUGAGAAAGUGCAUUUCACGGGCAGUGACAAUGUAGAAAAGGUAGACAAAAAGUAAAAGCACAGAUCUUGCGAAAACCCCUUUAAAAUUCGGCAGCAAAUACUUGAUUUGAUGGUUUACACUCGUUCAGAAAAUCAAUGAAUUGAAACCCUGAUGAAAUCCUCUUUACA